UACUUCCCUCAGAGCUUCCAUUCAUCUGAACUUGAAGGCCAACAACAGUGUGCAGGUUGCAGACAUUCAGUUUGUCUCUAAAGAUCUACAAAUACGCACGGAAAACUAAGAAAAUUCAGCAAGUGAAUUUCAGGAUGAAUGAGAAAGAAUAGUUACUAAGGGAUAUUGGCAAUCUCUUUGUUAAAGAAGUGAAAUAUCACCAAUCUACAGGAAAGAUUUCUACAGGUCGUGAACUGUUGGGAUUACGCAAAGUGGAGAUCUAAUUGACAAUGAAAAAUGAUUGGCAUAAGUUAAAAAAGUGUUGGACGACUAUUCCAAGAUUCUUAUGGCUAACAAACUAUCCUGGUGACAUGAAACUCUGUUGUAUGACACUCAAAUACUACUAAACAGCGGGAUCGAGGUACAUCGACAUCAUAUCAAGUAUGAAACAGAAAACUAUUUUACAGAUGAGUGACCUUAUUACAUAACGUAACAAUGUGUUGUAUUUACAGUUAGAAUCAAUAUAUUCAAAAGCAGACAAUCUUUUUGAAAGAAACCUCUUUUUGAUGAACAAUUUUGCUCGAAGAUGCUGCUCCUCGCAGAGUUCGCACACACGUGGCCUUCCAAGGUGAAGAUCUACCUAGCUCAACUUAAAGAGCUUACAAAUAGUUUGCCUGUCUUGAUGGAAAAUAGAAAUAAAAAUUGUGAAUGGGGUCCUGAUAUUAAACGAUAACACUAUUUUGCUUAGAGAGAAUAACUGUAAAAAAUAAAAUAAUUUCCAACUUCUUAUCUGAAAAGCCAAAAAGAAUUUCAUUUUCACUCCACGAGGUCUGAGCUCAAAAGUUUACUGCCUGGGAUUUUUUCAGUAUUUUGUAAUGUCAAUAAAAAAAGGCCAAUAAAACUUAGCAAUUUUUGAAGCUCUUUAAAUGUUAAGCUAAACAAAAACAAUAUAAAUGCAAAGUAUGGUUGAAAGUAGGGUUUAAUUUUGAAAGUAGAGUGUAGCACAAUGUUUGAAGUUUUGAUUAGGAGCAAAAAAGUUUUUUUAUUGCAUGCAAAUAACUUUGAGACAAAUAUACGCCACGAUAGUCAGCAAAGAUAUCAUUACAUUUUGUCAUCACAAUCCGAAAUGGCUUUACUCAGAGCUUUAGAUUUGGUGUCGGCCUUGGUGGUCACAGCGUAAUCAAACUCAGUAUAGCAUUCAGAUAAAACGCAGAAAUAGGAAGAGAAGAUAAUGCAAUCAUAAGAGGUGAUGUAAACGAUUUAAAGGCACUAUGCAUUUAAAUGGAUUCGGUUGAUUUAACAGUCCGUUUAAAUAAAAAUCUUCUUCGUUUUGCAAUCUUAAGAGGAGAUGUAAGCAAUCUAUGUAGAGGAAGCAGAAAGAAAGUCUCCAGACUUUAGAAAUUAGAGAAGAGCCUUGUACAUUUAGUUUCAUUUUUCAUAUCCUAUUGCAACAAUUACCACAGCUUGGGUUUUAGUAGUGUUUAAUGAGACCUUAUUGCCGCGAAGCCAUUGAAAACUGCAUUAACUAAAGCAUUCAAUUCUUCCACGUUAUCAGAAAAGAUGGUUUCAUCGUCAGCAUACAUAGUAGCAUGGACUUUUUCAGUUCAAAAGGCAAGUCACUGAUGUGUAAUAAAAAGGAGUGAUCUAAGACACGAUCCUUGAGAUGACAUUGCUUGUGGUUACGGCAAAAACUCUCCCAAACGAAUCUUCUGCAAUGGCGGCAACGGAGACUUCAGCAUCUGUUAAAUUUAGUUAAAUCAAGUGGAAAUUGUCUGCAAGACAAAUUUAACCGUCUUUUUCAUGAUGAGGUUGUGCCUGAGUUUUUGGCAAACAGAACACAACAGCCAAUAUACAAUGACUCUAGAAUCAAAUUAGAGCAAAAAAUGGUUAAUGUUACGGAGCUGACUAACGAGGCACUUGAUAUUCUCAGUGAUGAUGCAUUGACAGAAAUAUCAGUUGCCAUUAGAACCGGAGGAAAAUCAAAAGUAGCGAAAAUGACAUCAAAGAUCUUGAACAUCCCACUAAUAGAAAUUGGACGCUUGCUUCAUUCGCAAAAUGUUCAAAAUAGAGAUACUGCUAGCUACCGAAAUGAGUUUUCAAUGGUGUCCAAUGCUCAGCAUCGAAGCACCGUGAUUGCAAAAAUUAUGAAAAUGUACUCUUGGAAUCAAAUAGCAGUUAUUUUCCAAACCAAACGAACAGAUGAUCUGAAUCACUUUACGCAGUCGAUCGGCCGGGAAGUAUCACUGGAGCUAAUUCCUGUUGAAACUUACUUAAAUGGCUCAGUUACACAUCAUUCAAUUACAAGGAUGAAAUCACUAACAAACAGCCAAGUCAGUGCGAUUCUUCUGAUCUACGAUGAAGCUAAUCUUCCACAACUUUUCCAAUUGUUUCGUUCCGAUACUAUAGAUCUUUGUGCUGUCAAGAAUAAUAUUUUCCUUUUAGAUCUGAUAUUCAGUAGCAAACUGUUUGCUUGUGACUUGCACACCGUGAUCGGCUUCCAGGUACAAAUAAACAAGGAUCUUGACGAGGGCCUUUACCAUCCAUUGCCCAAAGAUGUUCUUGGUACCAUAGCAAGAUUGCAAGAUGUUCUUCUCUACGACGCCUUCCAUCUGGUUGCAAAUAUCACGAAGACUCUUGUCACGUCAAAUCGUUGGCUUUCUCCUAGCAGAAAUGGGAAAGGCUAUGUCCAUUCCAUGGCAGUUGCAAACACAGCAAAUUUUUCUUUGGAGUCUGGAAAGGUGAAGAUAAAUGGUGCAAGUGGAAACAUACAGUUCAACACGCAUGGGAAUCGCUUGAACAUGCCCCUAAACGUUGUUAAUAUCAAGGAGAACAUACCAGUAAAGAUUGGUCACGUCGACGAGAAUGCAAAUGUCUUUAUGUCCCAGAUUCCAAGCUCUAAUGUCAAACAUGAUAUUACAAAUAUUGAAAUAAACGAGCAUCUAAAAAUUGUUACUAUCGUGGACGAGCCAUUUACUUUUGAGACUCGAUACCAGAAUGGUACAGUCAAAUACACUGGCUUCUGCAUCGAUCUGCUGGAUGAAUUGGCAAGACUUUUGAAUUUUACAUACACAAUAUACUCUGUGAAGGAUGAGGAAUACGGAAGAAAAGAGGGGGACAAAUGGACCGGGAUGAUAGGUGACGUUCUAUACAAAAAAGCUGAUAUGGCUGUUGCAUCAUUAACUAUAACAUCUUCUCGAGAAGAAGUAGUUCAAUUCACAAAGCCCUAUAUGGAGCUGCAAAAUUCGUACGUACGAUUACGCGGAACCACAAUGCAAUUCGACCCUUUGCAGUUCCUGAAACCCUUUACAACGAACAUGUGGAUUUUAACUGUGCUUGCCGGGAUAUUUUGCAGCAUCGUGAUAUACUUUAUCGAUUACUACAGCCCCUUUGGAUGGAGACAGACUAUCAAAAGAGAAACAGGAAGAGAUGGUGCUACUUUUAACGCAGCUAAUAGUGCUUGGUUUACCGUUGCCUCUUGGUUGCUGCAAGGAGGAGAUAAUACUCCGAGGUCUCUUUCAGGGAGAAUGUUUGUCAGCUACCUGUGGUUCGCUAUUCUUAUUGUCACGUCGACCUAUACAGCAAACAUGGCUGCGUAUUUUACGAUGAAGAAAUCUGUCACUGAGAAAGAGGACAUCGAAUCCUUGCUGAAAAUGGGCGUUUCCUUUGCUCUGAAGCAGCAUACUGCCAUGGAUCAGUUUCUUCAAAACUCUGAAUACAGAGUUUACCAACAACUUGCUCAAAAAAUUGGAGAACAAAAGAAUUACGUUAGCAAUGCUUCCCAAGGCAUUGCAGUGGCAAGAACGGAUCCAAACUUACUUUUUCUAGGAGAAGGGCCUUAUUCCGAGUGGCUCAUGAACAAAGAUGCAUGUGAUCUGAAAAUCGUUAACGGGAUACUGCCAUCAAGAAGUUAUGGUUUCCCUGUGCGAAAGGGAUCGCCUAUUUCUGAGAAAAUUUCAAUCGGGAUCUCACAUAUGGUAGAGUCCCAUUUUAUUCAAAACCGAAAAGAUCAUUAUUGGAAAGAGCUAAGCAACUGCAAAGACGAUAGCAUUUUCUCUGCCGGAAUUACAUCACAAGGGCGAAUCGAACCUCUGCAAUUGGUGGGUGUGUAUGGCUGUUUGGUAUUCGCAGGAAUAUUGUCAAUUUUGUGUCUUUUUGCUGAAAAAUGGUGGAAGAAACAUUCAGCAGAAAAGAAACGAAAAUUAACCCGAGUUCUGAAGAAUACUGUUUCGGUGCGACGAGCGCUGCACGCGAAAUCAAACUGGAGGGUUGGUGACUCGCAGAAGCAAACAAGAUUUGGAUUCAGAUUUCAAUUGACAUAAAGGUGCGUUGAUAUAAGCAGUUAUGAGAUACACUUCUCAUAAAAAUCUGGGCUCUUUUGUUAUGUAUGUGAACUUUGAAGACCGUAGAGGUAAAAUCAAGGAACAAUAGAACAGAAAGACGGUGAUUUGACGGGUUGUUAAGAGUGGCAAAGAUAUUUACUUAUGUUUUGGUGAUCCAAUUAUUCACAGCAAAAUUAUAACAGACUAAAUGCUUGAAAAUGUCAUGAUAAAAAAUGUUUGCAUGAAUCUUGCUUGUAUUCUUCACGGAUUUUUUACUGUUUUCUAUAGUUUUAAAUAACCAAGAUUAACCACUACAUGUAAAAGUCCGAUCAGACGUUUGCGCUCUAAUUGAAGUUGAUAAAAGGAUAUAAUUCAAAUUUUAAGAAGGGGCAAAGAACGCAAAGUUAACGAAAUCUUACAGAGAACAUCUCCUUGUCGCUACUGGCCUAAUGAUACGUUUUUUUAUACAAUGCUUCAUGGGCUGACUGAUUAAUAAGAAAGUCAUAUUUAUUUUCGAUUUUGCCAAAGGUGUAGUGGCUUAAUCCCUUAAUAUAGACAAUAGCAAACUUAAAAUGAAGGCCAACAUAUGUUGCGUGUAAGGACCUGAGAAGUGAAGUUGGGAUUUCAGUUUUCAGUGGCAUCGCUCCCCUGUUCAUCGACCACAUUUCAUCCCACUGUAGUCCUUUUAAUAGUCAAACUUGGUUGCAUAUUGCAAGUUUUACUUUUAGUUUGUAUUUUUGCUGUCAUUGUGUGUCAAAUUUCGUCUACCCCAAAUCCAACUUUAGGUGCCAGUCCAACUAUCUCGGAAAAAACUCGCGGGCGGUAAACUAUGCCUAAUUUUGGACAGGAAUGUGUUAUUUUGGUUUAAAAUCUGGACCCAUAAUUCCGCAAAGGUCUAGCAAAAUGUGACCCAUAGUUCCGCAAACAUGAUGGAAACUAUACCGAUAAUUCUGGGUAUGCCAAAUAAAAUUGUUAAAGCACAUAAAAAAUCAUCAACCAAAUUUUGCAUGUCUUAUGCUCCAAAAUCUUAAUAUUACACCAAUUUCAUAUUUCCAUUUCUAACUGGACAUUAAUUUUGUUAAUGCUCAAUCUCCUUGAUGAUUUUGAAAUAUUUUUCCGAAAUGGUGCUCAUAAUUCUGCAUGUUUCUUCAAACUGUACCCAUAGUUCCGCACAAACUUCAAAAACUGAUACCAAUAAUUCCACACUUUUCAGAAAAAAGGUACCCCUAAAUAAUGGCACAUCUCCGUACCUCCAAGCAUGUUAAGGUACCCCCCC